AUGGAAGGUAAUGCUAGUCCGGAUAUUACCGAUCUCACAUUAUCAGUCAUGAAGUAUCGGUUUCUUCGUAAGAAUCCUCGUACUCAUCAUCUUUUUCGAUAUAUCGAUGACAUCCUCACUGUUAACUGCGCCAACUUUGCUAAAAUCGCCAGUAAUAUCUAUGGACCCAGCUUGCAACUCAACACCACCUACUCCGGACAGGCCCGCUCCUUAGACCUCGAAAUUUCAUGCCACGAGGACAAAUGCAUUUUCAAUGUAUACAAUAAGACCUUAGAUUAUUCAUUUACCGUAAAUCACGGGGCGUAUCCAGAUAAUGAUAAUGGACCAAAUGGUGCAAGAAUGUGCUUAUAA